UGAGUUAUGGUUCCAAAGCUGCAUUAUGGGGAUAGAAAGUCUCAUUAUAGUAUUAGACAAUCCUGUUGGAAUUUAUUUUCCUGGAGAGGAAGUGUCUGGAGUAGUUCACAUCUCAAAUGUCAGCAGUAAAAUACUGAAAGGAAUUUACCUGGAAUGUCAAGGCUAUGCAAAAUUUUGUUUCAAUGAAUUGAGUAGUCAGACUUACUAUUCAGCUGAAGAAACUUAUCUAGACCUGAAAAUUCCUCUAAUUACCAAUGAAGGCAGAGAAACAUUUGAACUUGUCAGUGGAGUUCACCAAUUUCCAUUUGUGUUUGUACUUCCAAAAAAAUUCCCUCUUCAUUUCAAACUGAGAUGUUGGAAAAAUUUGGCUAUGGCCAUGUCAAAUACUCAAUCAAAGUAGUUUUGAAGAGAUCUUCACGUCAAGCAAAUGGAGAAACCUGCACAUUCCAUUCACUGG